AUGGAGCUGAAGUGUUCAUUUAUUUGGAAUAAGAUCAGGAAAUAUUAUCAGCGUACGUAACUGUGACGGAUGGAUCCCUCUAAGCUGUGAGCGCGGGGACAAAACUUUUGCUCUGUUCUGUAAGUCUCGACGGAAUCCCAACCUUGCGUUUUUAGAGGACUUCAUUGACACCUCUACUUUAACUCAUCGGGCGUGCUUGUUUUUGAGUCUCUGCUCUUGUAUCCCUGUCAACCUCAUCCCUGUAACGAUGUCUGGAAACCAAAACAAUACAAAUUGUACUAAUCUUGAGCCAAAUAGUUUGAUCUUCACUCUGGGUUCAUACUACAUCCUGGCCAUCAGUGUGCUUGGAAUCAUCUUUAAUGCGUUUGUGCUGAUGGUUUUCUGCCUCCACAAGAAAGCCUGCACAGUAGCUGAGAUCUACUUGAGCAACUUGGCUGGAGCUGACUUUGUUCUGGUGUGCUGUUUGCCCUUCUGGGCUGACUAUGUAGGAAAGGGCUUUAAUUGGGCUUUCAGUGAGAGCCUGUGCAAAGUGAUACCUGCCAUAAUAAAAAUGAAUGCACUCUGCAGCAUUUACUUCCUUGUUCUGGUUAGCAUAGAUCGCUAUGUGGGGCUGGUGCACCCACUGUCCCAUCACAGCAUGUGUAGGACAUUUUAUGCCAAGCUGGCAUGUGUAGUUGUGUGGAUUCUUGGCGUUAUCUUUGCACUCCCCGUAUUAAUCUACAGGAAGUUAAUCCCCAGUACAUCAAAUAUUACUGCAUGUGGCAUUCUCUUCACUGAAGACCAACAUCUAGUAUAUGAGACAAUAACCAUAAUCUUCAGCUUCGUAAUCCCUGUUUCCAUUAUUUCCCUCUGCGCUGUCAAGAUUAUUCAAGCACUGAGAAACAGGCUAAAGGGGCAUGGGAAGGAGCAGAAAGCCACCACUCUCAUCCUGGUAGUUCUUCUGGCAUUCCAAAUUUGUUGGGGUCCAUUCCAGUUGAGCAGGAUACUAGAUGUGCUUGAACGUGUUGGUAUUGUGAGGUGUCACACCAUACUUGACAUCUACAAACAAAUUACUGUGUACUUAGCUUUUUUCAACAGUGUCCUUAACCCCAUUCUCUAUGUUGCCAUUGGGAGAAACUUCCAGAAAAGAGCAAAGGAAUUCUUAAUGCCACAGAAAUACAAGAAAACAAGAAGAUCAAGCACACGCUCCUCAUGAGCACACCCCACAAGUGUUAAAUCUGGAAAUGGCUUAAGAUAAGCAGGAUUGUGACCUUUUGAGUUUUGAGGUGUGCUGCUGUGAUUGGUGAUUUUAUACAAUGACAAUUAUUUAUCCAGGCAUAAGAACUUUUUUUCUUUUUUCUCUUUUUUUAGCAUUUAUGUAAUGUGAAUAUAUGGGGUUUAAUUGUCUAUGAAACAUUGCUUCUUCAAAAAGUGAUAUACAGGCAUAACAUAUUUGUUACUUAAAUGUGAUAUAUAUUUCUGUUUUAUAGUGAUUUUUGUUCCAAUACAAUAUGAAUAACAUUUACACUGGCGGAUGCUCAUAUUAAAUAAGAACAAAAAUAUAAUAUAACAACACAAAAUCAUAUGAAGGACUUGAACAAGGCCAAGUAUAAGAGCAGAGAGAUGGUAGUGAACUGGUUUUGAAUAGGGCAAAAGUUACGCAGUUUUUCUUGCAGGUACCACAUUAUGUGUUUUUCUUAUUUUCUGUCAUGUAUUUAUAUUCUUACAGUGGUGGAUGCUCAUGUUAAACUUAAUGUUAUCAGUUAUCACAGAUUACAUAGUUUACAUUAAACAUGAUUCAUAUCUUGAAGUCAGAAUAUAUGCAAGUCUUUUCUUAUGUUUAUCCAUUUUUUCAAAUUUCAGUUCAGGAUUAUUAUGUUAAAGCUAUUCAUUGGCAUCCUCCAAAUAUUCAGUUCGGAGUACCGCUGCUGUACAAGGUGAAUGACCUGGUGUAUCUCUCUCUCUCUAUAUAUAUAUAUAUAUAUAAGCCCACUAACAGUCCAGAGACAUGCUGUUGGUGGGCUUGAAUUUGAGUGCGAAUGGUUGUCUGUCUCUAUGUGUUAGCCCUGCGACAGACUGGCGACCUGUGCAGGGUGUACACUGCUUCUCGCCUUAAGACAACUGGAAUAGGCUCCAGCCCCCUGCGACCCUGAAAAGGGUAAGAGGAAGAGAAUGGAUGGAUGUUUAUUUGUCACGGUUCAGGGUCAUUUGACCCAGCAUUUUCAGUUUCGCAUAUUUUUCUGUAUUAUGGUUUGUAUUCUGACUCUCUUGUUAUGC